AUCUGUUUGAAUUACGGAAAUGGGCUCUACGUGAAGGUUUAUAAUCGAAAUGGCAGGAGCGGCUUGUUGUCUCACCCCAACAGCCUACUCAGACAGAAGCGAGAAUGGACGGUCCCUCCGGCUUUUAUACGGGAAGAGGAGGACAAUUCCUAUAAGAAUCCAAUUGCUAGAAUACAUUCUGAUCUUGAAGAUACAGGGGUAGUGGUGACUUAUACAAUAUCUGGUCAAGGAGUAACAGAACCCCCUUAUGGAUUGUUCGUUAUCAAUGGAAAGACUGGAGACCUGAACAUAACAGGAAGGGUUGACAGAGAAAAGACUCCAAUGUUGCUUCUCAGAGGUCAUGCGCUAGAUAAGACUGGAGCAAAACUGGAAGAGCCAAUAGACCUCCCAAUUAAAAUUGUGGAUAUAAAUGACAAUUUUCCAGUGUUUUCACAUGAAGUUUUUGUUGGUUCAAUUGAAGAAUUAAGUGAAACAGGUACAAUUGUAAUGAGGAUAAAUGCAACUGAUGCAGAUGAACCAAAUAACCUAAAUUCCAAAAUUGCUUUCAGGAUUGUUUCCCAAAGCCCUAGCGCUGCUUUCAGUAUGGAUAAGGAUAGUGGCGAGGUUCGAGUAGCAAGAAUAAACCUUGACAGAGAGACACAAAGUAGCUAUUCUUUGAUGGUGGAAGCAAAAGACCGUGGUGGUGAAAUAGGUGGGAAUGCUGCAACAUGUUCUUUAGAAAUCAAAAUUUUGGACGUCAAUGACAAUCUGCCUGUGGUUGAAAGUCAUGCAUUUGAAGGAAGCGUUGAAGAAAACAGGGCAAACGUGGAAAUUCUGCGAAUAAAAGUAUUUGACAAAGAUGAAGAGUUUUCUGAUAACUGGCUGGCGAAUUUUUCGUUUGUUUCUGGUAAUGAAGGUGGCUUUUUUCGUAUAGUAACAGAUACCCAAACAAAUGAAGGAAUUUUGACUCUUGUGAAGGAGCUGGAUUAUGAAAAAAUGCAAAGCCUGAACUUGGGCAUUGUUGUUACAAACAAAGCAGAGUUCCAUAAGUCAAUUAAACACAGUUAUAAAGCACAAACAAUUCCAGUCAAAGUUCAUGUGAUUAAUGUGCGGGAAGGCCCUGUAUUCCCCGGUGGCACAAAAAUUAUUGAAGCAAGUGAGAAACUGCAGAUAAAACAGGUUAUUGGACAGUAUCAAGCCUACGAUGAAGACACUGGAAAACCAGCAGAGCGCAUUACGUACAUGAAAGGAAGAGAUACAGCAAACUGGGUCACAAUAGACUCAGCCACAGGUGAAAUCCAACUUGCCAAAAAACUCGAUUACGAAUCGUCGCAUGUGGUAAAUGGUACCUACACUAUCACCAUGUUGGGUGUGACUACUGAUUUUCCUAAGAAAACGGUCACCGGAACAGUCGUUAUUCAAGUUAAAGAUGAGAAUGAUAACUGCCCAAUUAUUGUGAACCCUGUGCAGACUGUCUGUUCAGAUGCAAAAUCAGUUGAUGUUACAGCUAGUGAUUUGGAUGGUUACCCAAACAGUGAUCCCUUCAGCUUUACUGUCAUUGAUGAGCCAGAGGGAACAGCAAAAAAAUGGAUAAUUGCACCCAGAAACGGCACCAGCAUACAGCUGGUACCACAAAACCUGAAGGUGGGCAGGACUGAAGUUCCCCUCCUAAUAAAGGAUUUCCAAGGGUUCAGCUGCGCUCAAGCACAGUCUCUGCAACUGACUGUUUGUACCUGUGUGGACAACGGCGCGUGCAAAGAGAACAUUAUUGGCGCAAAGUCAGUGGGUCUGGGACCAGGAGCGGUUGCGCUAAUCAUCUUGGCGUUUUUGCUUUUGCUGCUUAUUCCACUGCUACUGCUGCUGUGUCCCUGCGGCUCAGGAGCGAAGGGAUUUGCUGCGAUACCAGACUACAGCGAAGCGAUGUUGCGUCAGUGGAACAGCGAAGGGGCAGCUCCCGAGGAGAAGGCAUUGCUAAGCCUCAUCCCAUCCACUGCACUGGGGAACUCGAGAGGAGCAACCAGCGGAGCAGCAACGGCGGCAGCAGCAACAGGAAUGAGUGGGGAGGAAACUGCAGCAGGAGGAGGCAGCUCUGCCUCUCAUGUAAGAGAGCAUCACACCACUAUUACCAAGGAAAGAUGGGAAGAGCAAAGACGACUCCUCUCUGGUGCUGAAUAUGGACCCAUGGCAACUGGAGGGGAUGAAGGCAUGGCAGGUGUAGAAGGCAAGACAGUGGUGGCUGCAGGAGGAGUCGCGAUGGGAGCAGCAGGAGCCAUGAAUGAAGAAUUUUUAAGAGACUACUUCAAUGACAAAGCUGUCUCUUUUGCGGAUGAAGAUGAAGCCCAAGCUGCAAACGACUGUCUCCUGGUUUAUUCCCAGGGAGAGUCAGACUCCCCCCACGGCUCCAUUGGCUGCUGCAGCUUUAUUGAGGGUGAUCUCGACGACCACUUUCUUGAUGAUUUAGGAGACAAAUUUAAGACUCUAGCAGAAAUAUGCAUAGGUAGAAACAUCAACAUGAAAGACGCUAACUCCAGGAAUGAAUCAGGAUUCGGUCUUAAUGACGCGAAGUUGCAAAAUGCUUCCAGCUCCAAACAAGCCUUUGCCUCGGGCAGCCAUUUCCAGCCCACUCCACCAGUGCACGCAGGAGAAGAUACCGUGUCCAAGGAGGUGGUCACGGAAACAACCUUUGCCUCUCGCUCUGGGCAGCACGACAUCCGGCCCCUUCCCACAGCCCACACAGAGACCAAUUUCACCAUGACAGAAACAUCCUACUCUUCUGGAGCUCCUGCCCGCUCAGCUGCUGUCUUUGUAGACCCCCAGUUUAAGGAGAACAUAGUGGUGACAGAGAGAGUGCUGGCACCUGCAUCGAGCUUGCAGGGUAUGGUGGAAGUCCCCGAUUUGCCGCACGGAAGUAAUGUGGUGGUUACAGAGAGGAUGGUGAAGUCAGAGGGCUCUGGGCCAGGAGCCCUGAUGGCUCAGGAUCUCCCCGACUCCCAGUACGUCGUGGUGAGGGAGCGGGAGAGGGUGCUUGUGCCUGCUGCGGAGCAGGGCUCGCUCAGCUUCCCAGCUUUGGCAGAGGGGCGCAGCGUGGUGGUGAACGAAAGGGUGGUGACGGCCUCGGGGAUGCAGGGCAGAGGCGAACAGGCAGCUGGUGCUGGCUUGGGAAGGCAAGAGCACAUGUUGGUCACAGACUCCGUGCUUCACCAGGCGGGCUCCAACACAGAGGGGCUGCCUCCUGCCAGCGGCACGCUGAGCAAGUCUUCCAGGGUCACCAAAUACAGCACAGUGCAGUACACUCGCUCGUAG